AUGGGAGGCGGCGAACACAAAGAGGCCGUCUUGGUCACACUGCCCAUGCAGAAGCCAGACUCGGCCAUCGAGAAACUCCAAUCCAAGUUCCCCCAUCUCAAGAUAACCUAUCGCAAUGUCCCUUGGACAAAAGACCGCGCGGAGCUGGAAAAGGCAGUGCCCAAAGAGCUCUGGAGAGAGGCUACUGUGCUAUUGACCUUAUCUGCUCUGCCACCUAAAGCAGAGGAUGCCCCUUUGCUUGACUUUAUACAGCUUUUCUCUGCAGGAUCCAAUCAGCUUGCCAGCCAUCCCAUCUAUACUGACACUGAGAUCCCCAUUGCCACUGCGUCAGGUGUGCAUGGCCCGCAGAUUGCCGAGUGGGUUAUAAUGACCCAUCUCAUUCACACUCACAAGUACAACCAGCUCUAUGAAGCUCAAAAGGAGAGCAGAUGGGCCAAAGAUGGGUACAAGGUCAAGGAUGCGGUUGGUGCGCGUGUCGGAGUACUCGGUUAUGGAAGUAUCGGUCGUCAAGUCGGCAGAGUAGCAAAAGCCAUGGGCAUGGAUGUUAUCGCUUUUACAGCAUCGCCAAAAGAUACUCCAGAAAAGAAGAAAGACAUCGGCUACAUCGUGCCCGGAACCGGUGAUCCGGAUGGCGAAAUUCCUUCGGCUUGGUACUCUGGUCUGGACAAGGAGUCUCUGCACGACUUCCUCAAGCAAGACAUUGAUCUCCUGCUCGUAUCUGUUCCUCUCACCAAGGAAACGACUCAUUUCUUGUCCAAGGAAGAGUUCAAGAUUCUCAGCCAGGAUGGCAAGAAACCCGCCUAUGUCGCCAAUAUCGCAAGAGGGCCCAUCAUUGACCAGCCUACACUGAUCGACGCCUUGAAGGAUGGUACGCUUGCAGGAGCAUCGCUCGAUGUCACAGACCCUGAACCUCUCCCUUCGGAUAGUGAGCUGUGGGGUCUGGACAAUGUUAUCGUAACACCUCACAUCAGCGGUAACGGCGAGGCCUAUACCGGCCGAGCAUUCCAGAUACUUGAGCAGCAGUUGGAGCACAAACAGAAGGGCGAGAAGUUCAUCAAUGUAGUAAACAGAAAGAGAGGAUAUUGA